UCUUUUAUUGAUUAUGUAGUGGGACUCCUAAGUUAAUAAUAUUGUUAUUAUUUUAUUGUUGUUUUAGUUAUAUUUCAGUUAAUUGCUUUUUUAAUUUCUAUCAACACAUUUGAGAUUCUUUAUAAUUGCUCAAAGAAUCUUUUUUAUAUUUUCUGUGUUUCCUAAGUUAUAAAGUAAUUGUUCUGUAGUACUAUAUGUACUGGUUGUUUGAAAAGUUGUAUUGAGGUAUAAAAAGAUUCUGCAGCAAUGCAUUCUUUAAAUUAGCCAUCUGGGUAAUUUCCAUUCUUUAAAUUACCCAUCCAUUUAAAUUACCCCACUACUUAUAAUAAAGACAUGGUUGGAAUUAAAACUCACUUCCAAGUAAUUUAUAUCAAAUUAUCCAUCAAGAACUAUAAUACGCUAUAAUAAAACAAACGAAUUGCAUCAUUAGAAGUUUGGUCUUGCUGAGAAAUUGGACUUUUUCAAAUUUUGCUAAAAAUUGUGAUUAUAUACUUCAUGACGAAAUAAGAAGACGAGAGUCUUUUAGUUAACACAUGGAAAUAAAAUUGUGUUCUGCUUUUGAAUAUAGAAUUUGGACUAUCUGAAACUCCAAUUUUCUGGUCAUUUGUUCCUUCUAGAUUAUGCAAAAUGAAACUUGUUGCUUGUUUAUGUUUUUAGCUUUUUUAUUGAUUUAAAUAAUGUGUGAAAGAUAAAUGCAGUAGAGUUCAUACUUUAAGAAGUUGUUGAAUUUAAAAUUUAGAUAAAUGUAUAUAUAACAUGUAAAUUGUCCUGUGGUAUUCAGUAAAUAAAUUGCCUGUAAAGCAGUGGUUUCUAGAUAUGCAGGGAUAUGCAGUAAAAUGGUAAUAAACAUAUGUUGGAUUUUUCAACCAUGAUAUACAUGUAUUUAAUUAAAUUUGGAAUGCAACCUCAGCACGAUAAUUUUAACUUUAUAACUUAACCAGAAAUCUGCCAGUGCAUAACUCUAUAACUGAAAUUCUUUAAAAGCAUAAAGUUUCAUUUAAAGUUUCAUUCUUGAAAUUCAUUUAAAUAUCAAGAAUUGCAAUAAAAAAUUAAUGCAAAAGAGGCAAAGAAAGAGGUAUGAGAGAUUCCAGUACCUAGUGGUUCUUGAUAAAAAAUUUUGUUGCUGCUGUUUUUAUAUUAUGCUGGCUGGAAUUCGCCAUCAAAAAGUGUCUUUAAUUGUUCAAGAACAAAGUCAAAGUUAGUCCGUUUGAUAAUACAGAAGGCAUUUUUAAACAACCAGAACAUGAACCAGAACAUCGAAAGGAAUGAGUGGAAAAGGAGAUUGACUAAAAAAAUAAUACCUAUUCUUCUACGAUACAAAUUGUCACUUCCUCUUAGCUGCCCAUUUCACAAUGAGCGGGAUUUCCUAUGGUGGCCAGAUGUGCGGGUGGAUUUUCAAGAUGAGGAAUGGAUUUGCCCAUUUUGUGGCCAAACAUUUCUAUCAGAGUCAAUAAUUAGUGAUCAUUGGGAUAAGAAUCAUGCUCAUGAUCAAAAGGAAGAUGCAACAUGUUUUGCCAAUUUUUGUGAUAUAUUUCGUUGUGAAGUAAUACUGGCUGCCAUUGAAACAGAGAAACUUAAACUUUCAUCAGACAGUCUCCCAAGCCUUCAUUAUCAUCAAAGCAAAACACUAUGCAAUGAUAAAAAAAUGUUCCAGUUACAGAAGAAAUGUAAGUUUGUCAUGAGACAGUGCUUACUAGGUCUUUUACCUUCUAUUCUUGACAAAGAAUUUCAGGACAUUGAAGAAGAAGUGAAUCAAGCAAUAUGUUCAUACUUGUCAUGUCAUAAAUACUUGGAUGGGUCUCUGCAAGUGGUGCAACCAGUUCCUGUUUUGGUUUGCGUAAUUGUUGGAUCUGUGCUUUUAGGCGGUUUCUGUUUGUGUUACUAUGUGGUCUACAAUCUUUCCUCACCAAUAUAUUCCAAUAACAACGACUCUCUUUGCAAUGGAGCUGCUCAACCUCGUUAUGAUGUCAAUUUUCGCAAAUACGAUCGAUAUCCCUAUAGAGAAAAUAAAAAUUCAUAUUUGCAAUUCAAAAGAUGAUUAAUCCAUGUACUUCAGAUUGAGUGUCUUUAAUUUUAUAUUCGUUUUCCAUUAAUUUUUUAACAUAUCUAAUUCAUUACAGAAAUUUCCUUUGCAAUUAAAUUUUUGCAGUAUUUUAUAAGUUGUUAAAUUAUGUUGAUUGCGAAAAAAAAUUGGUCAAAUAGUGAAGAUUUAUGUUUUCAGAUUUUAUUUAUUACUGUAAAUUUGGAAUGAUAUGUAGUUCACUAAAUUAUUGUCAUCAUAAAAAAUCCUAAUCUAAUGUAUUGUGUUGUUAUAAAUGAAGAUAAAGUUUUGUAUCUCAUUUUUAAACUUUUGUCGGUUCAGAAUUUAGUGUGUGGUAAUAUUGAAGUUAUUUUUAGUUUUAUGAACAUACUAUUAUUAUUCCAUUCUUCUGAAUGUAAAAAAAUACAUUUUCAUAAGUAUUUUUAGAUAUUUUCUUUCUUGUAAUUAAUGUUUUUCAUAAUCAGUUAUAGUUUUAUUUUUUGAUUUUCAUGUAAAUAUCAAAUUAUUGUGUCUGUAUAUUUAGAAUAUCUGUAGAUUUUUGUUUACAUUGCAUACAGUAAUUUAAACUGUAAGAGGUUGUUUUAUUUAUAUCAAAUAUUCUUAGGUGUUGCACCUAACAUUAUAUUUUAUAGAUUGUUAUGUAUAUUGCAUUUAUGAUAUUUUUAAUGUUUUUCAAGUUGUGUGUAAAACAUUAAAAAUCAUUACCUAGUCAUUUCAUUAUGUGGCAUUUAAAAAUGAAAUAUUUGUCAUUCAAAAUGGUUCAUUUGAUUCAAGCAAAAUUAUGUUAUUAGUGCUUCAUAACUUCGAGUAUUAUGACUAAUAUUAAUUUGUGACUUGAAGUUCUAAAAUUUUAGACAAACUGCUGCAGGACUUUAUUUUAUCAUGUGUUUCUCAAUUAUCAUUAUUUUUCUACCUUUUAAAAUUAAUUAUGUCCUUAUAUAAUGAAACCACUGAUAGCAUGGUACACUAAAAUGUGUUACUGUUUUACCAUUUUUAUCUCGUUUUUUCCUGCUCUUAAAAAUAGUAAAUUUGUUUAAAAAUUUACUGAAAAUUUUAUAUUAUGAUAUUUUUAUGUUAUUUAUGUUUUCAUAAUAAAUAAAAUAUGAUAAAUUUUUUAAUAGAUUAAGUGUUUUUAGAAGCAUAUGAAAUUAAGUAAUAUUUAUUAUAACAGAUAGUAAAAAUAUUAAUUAAUUAAUAUUGCUAAUUUAGUUUUAAAUCAUUCCACAAUAAUUUUAUCUGUGAUAGAUGUUAUUGCUGCUGUUUUUCUAAUGUGCCAAUGUAGUUUGAACAAAGUUCAUUAUUUAGAAAGUACCCCCAACCCAAAAGAGAGAUCUAAUUCAAUAUUAUUUUAAAUGUUAUUUACUUUUGUUACAUAUUUGUUCUUUUGCCGUGUUAAGUAUCAGUUAAAGUAAUUGAACUGUGGAUCUUUUGUAAAUGUGGUAUUUAAUAGUAUAAAUUCAUGGAGUAUCAGAUUAAUUUAAGUUUCUAAUUUUAGUUUGAAUUCUAGAUUGAUUGAAAUAUCGUCUGAAGUAAUAAACUAGAUUGUCAGUGUAAGAAGAAAAAGAAGUGAAUAAAACUAAUUUGCUCAAUUAUCUAAUCUAUCAUUAUCAGUGUUCAAAGUAAUUAAGUGAAUAAAUUUUGAUACUUGGACUCAAAAUAUUAUAUUUAGUGUAAUAUAAAUAAUGUAAAGAAGAUUUUAGGAAUUUAGAUCUUUGUAAAAUUAAAAUGAGAGAUGAAAAGAAUUUAUUCUUUCCUAAUGUAUAUUGGAAAACAAAGUAAUUCCAUCUUAAAAUAGCAUUCUGAAGAUAGAUCUUAGUGCUUCAGUGUCAAUUAAAUGUAAUACAAAGUGCCAAAUUGUAUCAUAUUUAAAUAUUUUUGCUGCAAUACAUGAAAAUCUUAAACUCUCUUUCAUCUUUUUUUUUAUAGUUUUGGAAUAAAUAUGUGUUUUUCACUUUGUGAUGUGUGAUAUAUUUGCUCAAACUUUCUUUUAUUGUGCUAAAACAAAAUACUUAACGUCUUACACUACAUUACUAUCAGGGUUAGAUUAAGAUCUUUUGAGGCCCUGAGGACAUAGACGAUUUUGGUGUCCUUACAUAUGUUUAUACCAUUUUUUCCCUUCAUUCCUUCCCUUUUUAGGAUUUUGGUUUAGCUGCACCGUGAAUUGUAUGAUAAUAUCAGCAAUGGGAAAUAUUUUUUUGGUGCUCUCUUUCCUGAACACCUAGGGAUCAUGUUUUGUGCCUCGUUUCCUUGAUUCCUAAGCAGGUACUUGUAUUACUUAAUGGUUAAUCCAGCCCUGAUUAAAAUGUAAAAAAAAACUUUUUUAUCUGAACUGUUCUUUUUUUUUACAUCACAUGGAAUUACUUGUAUUGACUAAUGAGGUAAGCGUCAGUGAUACUUGUACCAAAACGUGCUUUCAAAUGAUUUUAGUUCUUGCAUAUUGAAGUAAAAUGAUUAAUCAGUUAUUUUAAGUGAAUUAAUUGUUGUACUAUAUCUAGAAUUUCAAUUAAAACACUGCUUAAAUAAUAUAUUGAAACUUUUUAAUUUCUACAAAUAAUGUCCUCACAUAUUUUAAAUGAGCAUUCUUCUUACUGCUUCGAAUUCUAAAAAAUGAAUAUUCCAUAUUUUAGACUUUUCUUUAACAAAAUAUGUCUUUUUAAAAAUAUUUUGUCAAAAUAAUUAAUAAUUUAUGGUCAAAGUUAAUAGAAUGUUAGGUUACUGCACAAGAAAUUAACACUGGUUAACGAUUCAUUCUUGUUUUUAUAUUUUGUAAUAUAAAUUAUCAAUAAAUUGAGAAAUAUUUUUUUACAGACAUUUUGUUACAAUUCAGAAAUUUAUUCAUUUUUUGGUUAAACUCGACAGGGCUUUCUCAUUAAAUGCAAUAUCAGAAAAUGCUUUAUAUAGCCAAGUGUGAAAAGUCGCCAAUCAAUUUCACGUUUGGUCAAAAUAAGAUAAUCCAGCAUAAAUAAAAGAGUAUUGCCAUGCAUAAAGUAGAAGUAAAAAAAAAAAAAAAAUAUGAUUAUAUUAUAGUCUCUCCUACUAUUUUGAUAAAGAAGUUAUGUAAAUUUAAAUUUAGAAAAUAAAAGCAUAAUGUAUCAAUGAUUAAAAUUAUUUAAUGUGUUGCAGGUUAAAAUACAAAAUUUGCAUUUCAGUAUGUAUCCUAUACUAACAUAUAUAUAAUACAUAUCAUAUAUUAUGUAAGAGCAAAUGUUAAAAUCAUUAAAAAGAAUUUUGCUCAGUGUCAACAGUUAUUUUGGGGGGGGGGGCACAGGAAAAAUACAAAGUUUCGGAAAUGCCAUUUAUUAAUUCAUCCAAUGAGGCAAAUAUUUAUGAAAAUGAUAAUUUAGCUAUAAGUAUAAAUUAUAUAAAAUAGACAUUUUAUUAAAAAUCAAAAUAAAUUAAAUAUAAAAUUAUUAACAAUGUGCAUAUAUAUGUAAUAUAAUGCACCAAUGUGUAAAUAAAAAUAAAAGAUCAUUUUCCUUAAUAUAAGACAGUAGCAGUGAAUAUGAGGUGUUGGCAAGUAAGAUUUAAUUUGUAGGAUUACAUUUGCCGACUUGUCACACUUAGCAAGAAAGUAUUUUUUUGGUACAGUGGUUAAUGGGAAAGUACCAGUUAUUCGGUUUAUUUGACCAUCAUAAUUAGCAUAUAUUCAUCUGAACUGUAGAAUCUAUCUAAACUUCAUUUUAAAUUUGCUUGGACAAUCUUCUACUUGCUCAAAAUUUUUGAUAAAAUUUAAUUAUUAUUAGUGAUGUGAUUAGAAAGUCUCAAAAAUAUUUCUAGAUAAAUGACUUUGGGAAAUUUGAUAAAUAUAUCUAGUCAUAUUUAUGUUGUCUUAAAAUGUAAAUGAACUGAGAGUUUUAUAAAAUUAUUCUGCUAGAAUGCUUUCUAAAUAAUUCUGUGUUUUCAGAAAUGUUUAUGUAUUAUUCCUCUUGGGAAUUUAUUCAACAUAGAAGCUUGUAUAAAAUUAUUCAGUGUAUGCAGAAAUAUUUACAUAUUCUUCCUUAAACAAAUUCAAUAACCAUAGAUUCCCAUAUAAAAUUGUUUUGUGUAUGCAGGAAUAUUUACAUACUCAUGUAUUCAGUUAACAUACUGUCGUUUUUAGUAACAUAAUAUAGGGGAAAAAAUUAUGGUACUGUGUGUUCUCUAGAGCUUCAUUUACUGUAAAGCUCUGUAUAUUAGUAAAAUUGAUUUUAAAGUUGUAUCUAAUGUAAAUUCAGUCAAUUUUCCCCCAUAGUUUUGCCUUUAUAUAUAAUAUUUAAUGCGUUAAAUAUGUACAUAACAUAUAGCCUCUUUUUCAAAUCAUGAUUUUUCCUCUUCUUUUUUCCUUAGCUUUCAAUCCGUGCUGGUUUAAGAUGAGUUUUCUGGAGUUAUCCAUAAAGUCCAGAAGUCCACACCACUUUUUAAUUAGUGAUUUAUUUAUUUUAUUUUAUGAGUGAAAUUUAUUUUUUUUUAUUAUUAUUUAUUAUUUAUUUUUUUAUUUCCUAUUUAGUGAAAUUCAUUUCAGUUAAAUUGUAUUUGAAGUAAUUUAAGUAAGCUGUAUAUUUAUAUCCAUUUAAUGAUUAAUUGCAAAUCCGCCUUUUUUUUGUUAUAAAUUUAGUAUUAAAAGUUUAAAGAUGAAUACCUAACUUCUAAACUAAAGAACUUAUUUAGCUUGGUUUAAAAUUUUAUACACAUAAUUUAAUCCUAUCUGCAGAAUGAAUUCCUAAUUUAUGUGAAUGUAAUUUAUUUCUUUUCAUAAAAUGAGUUCCUAAGUUAUUUGGAUUAAUUCAAGGAAAAUAACUUUUCUCAUCUGUAAGAGAAUCACUUUUUUUGAAAAUAAUUUUCUGUUUGAGUUUACAUCAGUAGAAAUAGUCUUUUCCAUUUAUUAGUUAUCUUAUAUUUUAUGUCUAGUCACACAUAAAAGUACUUUACAAGUUGAUGUAUUGUUUUUGAGGAACCAGAAAGUGUAUCUCGUGAUACUGGUUAUUAUAAUUUUAGGUCUUUUAUUUUAGUUUUUAAUGUGUCAUACUUAAUGUCUUUUAUCAAAAAGGCAUUUCAUUUAAUUUAUGUAUAUAAAUAAUCUUAAAAUUUAUCAUAUUGAUUCACAUGUAAGAUACUAAUCAGUUUUAAUGGAUAUUUUAAGUUUGUUUGGUAGACUCCCAUUACAAGACAAUAGACUCCCAUUUAACUUGUCCAUAGUUAACCUAAGAUUACAUUUAAUUGAACAGCAGUUAAAAAACACAGGAAAGAGGAAUCAUUUCCAUAUUAUAAUUAACCAAAAAGUACUGCUAACAAUUUACCUAUAUUUUCAAGUAGUAUUUGAUUUUGUAAAUUAAAUCAGUACUUAAAAUAAGAACAACACACUUGAAAACAGCAAGAACAAUGUUUUUGUUCAUAUUGCUCUUUUAUUUCAAUAGGAAUCGGUAGAAAGUGAAGAUAAAUGGCUGCACGCUAAAUUUAUUUUUAUGAUUUAUCAUUUUAAUUUGUUAAUGAAUGAUUUAACAAUGUUCCUAAUCACAUACUGUGACUGAUAUAUUCCUAAUCACAUACUGUGACUUAUAUAUUCCUAAUCACAUACUGUUAUGCAUAAAAACAUUUCUUAAAUAAUGGGACACCAACUACUAUCAUUGCUGUUAUCCGACUUAUUUUCUUCUCCUUUUCAUAUUUCCCAUAGAAAUUUUGAUUUAUUCUGAUGGUUUAUAAUAGUAAUUUUUUCUAUCACUCUGCAACAAACAAUCUUAUUUUGUUAGACUAGGCCCAAUUAAUCCACCCUUGGUUAAUUGGGAGAUGAUUGUUCGUUUUCUGCUCAGAAACUAUUCCAAGAGACUGCAUUAUUAUAUAAAGUGUGCAUAAAUAUCGUUUAAUUUUGUAUUCUGUGAUAACUUUUAAAGUCAAAUAUUCUACUCUUAAUAAUGCAUAUAUAUGUCAAUACAUAUAUAUAUCUUUAUUUCUCUUCUAUGUGGAUUAUUUUAUGUGUAAUAUAAAUAUUAAGAAACCAUUUAUUAGUAAU